UUUCCUCACUACCCAAAUCAAAAUCUUUCAGUCUUUCUCUCCUACGUCUAAACCAAAAUUAUGGCUUCCUCACUUCUGACAUCUUCGGGUAUAAUCCAUAACACCGGUAGUUCUACUGUGGUUAAUGCCGGGUCCGUGCUACCCCUUCGGUCUUUUAUGCACUCUCUCCGCCUGACUCGACCGUACAAUAAGCAGCCUGCCUUUUCCAUCUCAUGUUGCUCCUCCGAGUCCAUAAAGACUGCUGCAACUAAUGCUACUGGCCUCAAACCCGUUGUGGAACGGAGGCCAGAGUACAUACCGAACAAGCUUCCCGACAAGAACUAUGUGCGUGUAUUCGAUACGACGCUCCGUGAUGGUGAACAAGCUCCCGGUGGAUCCCUUACUCCUCCUCAGAAGCUAGAGAUUGCCAGGCAGCUCGCUAAACUCCGAGUAGACAUCAUGGAAGUCGGUUUUCCCGGGUCGUCUGAAGAAGAGCUAGAAACCGUUAAGACCAUCGCCAAGACCGUGGGAAAUGAGGUGGAUGAGGAAACAGGCUACGUCCCGGUGAUAUGUGCCAUUGCACGAAGCAAAAAUAAAGAUAUUGAGGCCGCUUGGGAGGCAGUAAAGUACGCGAAGAGACCGAGGAUACUCAUAUUCACAUCUACUAGUGACAUUCACAUGAAAUAUAAGUUGAAGAAGACUAAAGAAGAAGUGAUUGAGAUGGCUGCCAGUAGUGUUAGGUUCGCUAAAAGCUUGGGCUUCAAUGACAUUCAACUUGGUUGUGAAGAUGGUGGCAGGUCGGACAAGGACUUUCUAUGCAAAAUUCUAGGCGAAUCAAUCAAAGCGGGUGCUACUGUGGUGAACGUCGCAGAUACUGUUGGGAUCAACAUGCCACAUGAAUACGGAGAACUCGUGACCUAUCUCAAAGCAAACACUCCUGGAAUUAACGAUAUUGUCUUCAGUGUUCAUUGUCACAACGACCUUGGUCUUGCUACAGCUAACUCAAUCGCCGGUAUACGUGCGGGAGCUAGACAAGUCGAAGUAACAAUAAACGGAAUUGGUGAAAGAAGUGGGAAUGCGUCGCUAGAAGAGGUGGUGAUGGCUAUGAAAUGUCGAGGAGCAUAUGUACUGGAUGGUGUUUACACAGGAUUAGACACCCGGGAAAUUAUGGCUACAAGCAAGAUGGUUCAAGAGUAUACCGGGUUGUAUGUUCAACCACAUAAACCUAUAGUUGGAGCCAACUGUUUUGUUCAUGAAAGCGGCAUCCACCAGGAUGGAAUAUUGAAAAAUCGGAGUACGUAUGAGAUCUUAUCACCAGAAGAUGUCGGGGUCGUUAAAUCUCAAAAUUCCGGCAUUGUUCUUGGAAAACUUAGUGGACGUCAUGCAGUGAAAGAGCGGCUGAAAGAGUUGGGAUAUGAACUCGAUGAUCAGAAAUUGAACGACGUCUUCUCACGGUUCAGGGAUUUAACCAAGCAUAAAAAGAGAAUCACGGAUGCUGAUAUGAAGGCAUUAGUAACUUCUAGAAAUGAAAUUUCUAUGGAGAAAUUAAACGGCGCUAAUGGUAAUAUAUCAAACAGCUAUAUACCAGUUCCUCAGGUUUCCCUUUAAUAUGCAUAGAUGUAUUAACACUUUGUAUGUUUGUAAAAUUACUGGCAAUAUCAAGUUCCAUUUGAUAGGCCAUGCACGUGUCUUGUUGUAAUGAAUAAAAACCAGUUAUUUUUCUUAAUAUUUGAUUACCGUA